AAGAUUUCCACCUCGUUUGGUCAAUUCGCUCUUUCAGGGUCGUUCGCCCCCUUUCCUCACGAAGUCAUAUAUUUUAUCAACCCAGUCCACAAAUCCAAGCUUUUGAAGGAGACAACCACCUUUCACUUUCCAGAACAACUUCCUUGUUCGCGCACUGUGCAAAAACUACACUUUCUUCAUCAAUGUCAGUCUCUGCAGCCCUGCAUCUAUGCUAGGGCUGCACCAAUAUCCCCACUUUCUUCUUCUCACCUUGCUCCCUCGACAAUGGUCUUCAAAGGCAGGUUCUUCAACUUCAAGAAAUCCGACUCUUCCAGCCCCGAUGGAUCACCCAGUAGCCCCCAAUCAUUCGGCUCCAAUUCCCCCAGUAGAUCCGACAAGAAGAAGCCCAAAUCAACUGCUAAGGACUCCCAGAUCGCUAAGACUGCCAGUGCCAAUGGUUUCGGCGAUGCUUGCCGCCCAACGCAACUGAUGUACGGGACUAAGAAGAAGGAUGCCAAAGGAAACGACAGUCAGACUCAGCAAGAGUCCCGCGGGAGAUCGUCGAAGCCAAGCUCCGGUGGGGAAUUGGUUUCCAGUUUGUCAGCGAGUUCUGGGUUGAAGUCGAAGAUGGUUGCUGCGGCGGCGGGUGCUGCUAGUGGGAAGGAAUCGUCCUCAUCAUCGGUUUCGCCAAUUUUAGCAUCUUCCCUCGGAUUGAAUAGGAUAAAGACGAGAUCAGGACCACUGCCACAGGAGAGCUUCUUCGGCUUUAGGAAUGAUAAAGGGUCGACACUUGGUGUGAGUAAUCUCUCCAAGCCCGGUAGUGAUGAUGGAAAAAUGAAGGAGCCGGUUAAUUACCGUAAAGUGGCGUUUCAAGAGAGCUUUGGAAGUGGAAACUGGGUUGAUAAUGGAAGCAAUUCGGAUAGUAUGUCAACUGGGAGUGCUCCGUCCAGGGACCAGAGCCCUAAUGUAUUGCCACGGUCGCGGCUACAGAACGCAGAAUCGUCAUCCGGAUCAGGAGGGAGACAAGAAUCGACGCAGGUUCAAUCUGAAUGCUUACGAAGUGCAGGUGCUUGCACUCCAGAGACAGCAUAUGAUUAUGAAAACCCAAAGGAGUCUGAAUCUCCUCGUUUUCAAGCUUUGUUACGUGUUACUAGUGCACCGAGAAAGAGGUUUCCUAAUGACAUUAAAAGUUUUUCUCAUGAGCUGAACUCCAAAGGUGUUGUUCGUCCUUUUCCAUUUUGGAAGGCUCGAAGAUUAAAUAACUUGGAGGAGAUCUUGGUUAUAAUUCGGGCAAAAUUUGAUAAAGAAAAGGAAGAAGUGAAUUCUGAGUUGGCUAUUUUUGCAGCUGAUCUGGUUGGAAUUCUUGAGAAAAAUGCAGAUACUCAUCCUGAGUGGCAAGAGACAAUUGAGGACUUGCUAGUUUUGGCUAGGAGCUGUGCUAUGACUUCACCUGGGGAGUUUUGGCUUCAAUGUGAAGGAAUUGUUCAGGAAUUGGAUGAUAAACGUCAAGAACUUCCUCCUGGAAUGCUUAAACGGCUUCACACUCGAAUGCUGUUCAUUCUCACAAGAUGUACAAGGUUAUUGCAAUUCCACAAGGAAAGUGGUUUGGCAGAGGAUGAGCAUGUUUUGAAUCUCCAUCAUUCUAGAGUCUUGCACUCUGCUGAAAAACGGAUUACUCCUGGUUUGGGAAGGGAUGGAAAAAGUUUGACUGCAGCGAAGGCCUCAAAGGUGUCAAAAGCUUCUAAUAAAAAGUCUUAUAGUCAGGAGCAACAUAGCUUGGAAUUGAAGAAAGAUGCUAUGCAGCCAGAAAAACUUCUUCAUCGUGCUGGUGAUGCUUCAAAUCAAGAUUCUUUUUCAAGCAUGGAUCGGAUUGCUGCUUGGAAGAAAUUCCUAUCUCCAACAAGUAAAAGCCCAAAAGGAGCAGCUGAGUUGAAGGACCAGAAUCUUGGAAUGGUUGAACCUUCAAAGCUAUCAAUUAAUAAGAGAUCAAAUUCUGAUGCAGAUCUGUCAGCUGCUAAGCCAUCUGAGCUUAUUAAAGAUACCCAAGAACAUGCUUCCAAACACCAACACAAAGUUUCUUGGGGCUACUGGGGUGAUCAUCAGGGCAUGGUUGAGGAGAACUCAAUAAUCUGUCGUAUAUGUGAGGAGCAAGUUCCUACUUUGCAUGUUGAAGAACAUUCAAGGGUUUGUGCAAUUGCUGAUAGAUGUGAUCAGAAGGGUCUGAGUGUAAAUGAGCGGCUUGUCAGAAUUGCUGACACUUUAGAAAAGAUGAUGGAAUCAUGUAUGCAAAAGGAUAUCCAGCAAAUAGUGGGAAGUCCUGAUGUUGGAAAGGUGUCAAAUUCAAGUAUGACUGAAGAAUCUGAUGUUCUCUCUCCAAAACUUAGUGAUUGGUCUCGAAGAGGCUCAGAGGAUAUGUUAGACUGCUUCCCUGAAGCUGAUAAUUCUGCUUUUAUGGAUGACCUCAAGGCACUACCUCCGAUAUCAUGUAAAACUCGUUUUGGUCCAAAGUCUGACCAAGGUAUGGCAACUUCAUCUGCAGGGAGCAUUACUCCUAGGUCUCCCUUAAUGACGCCAAGGACGAGUCAGAUUGAUUUACUCUUGGCAGGCAAGGGCGCUUAUUCUGAGCAUGAUGAUUUUCCACAGAUGAAUGAACUUGCUGAUAUAGCACGGUGUGUAGCAAAUGCUCCUUUGGAUGAUGAUCGCUCAACGUCAUAUCUACUAUCUUGUCUUGAUGAUUUGCAAGUUGUUUUAGACCGAAGAAAAUUUGAUGCACUUACAGUGGAGACCUUUGGAGCACGCAUUGAGAAGUUGAUACGGGAGAAGUAUUUGCAGCUUACUGAGAUGGUGGAAGAUGAAAAGAUAGACAUAACGAGUACUGUUAUUGAUGAAGAUGCUCCCUUGGAUGAUGAUGUGGUUCGUAGCUUGAGAACGAGCCCUAUCCAUCCUUCAAAGGACCGUACAACAAUUGAUGAUUUUGAGAUUAUAAAACCUAUCAGUCGGGGGGCAUUUGGACGGGUUUUCUUGGCUAAAAAGAGAAUAACUGGGGAUCUUUUUGCAAUAAAGGUUCUUAAGAAGGCAGACAUGAUCCGUAAGAAUGCUGUGGAAAGUAUAUUAGCAGAACGUGAUAUCUUAAUUACAGUGCGCAAUCCUUUUGUGGUUCGUUUCUUCUAUUCAUUUACAUGCAGUGAGAACUUGUAUCUUGUCAUGGAAUAUCUUAAUGGAGGUGACCUCUAUUCAUUAUUGAGGAAUCUGGGCUGCCUGGAUGAGGAGGUUGCUCGUGUAUAUAUUGCUGAAGUGGUGCUUGCAUUGGAAUAUUUGCAUUCACUUAGGGUGGUUCAUCGUGACUUGAAGCCUGACAAUUUGUUGAUUGCUCAUGAUGGUCAUAUUAAGCUGACGGAUUUUGGGCUUUCAAAAGUAGGUCUAAUCAACAGCACUGAUGAUUUGUCUGGUCCAGCAGUGAGUGGGACAUCCCUACUCGGUGAUGAUGAACCUCAGUUAUCUACAUCUGAGCAUCAAAGUGAAAGAAGGAAGAAACGUUCUGCUGUGGGUACGCCUGAUUAUUUAGCACCGGAGAUUCUCUUGGGAACUGGCCAUGGGUAUACUGCUGAUUGGUGGUCUGUUGGUGUUAUUUUAUUUGAAUUGCUUGUUGGCAUUCCACCUUUCAAUGCAGAGCAUCCUCAGAUGAUAUUUGAUAAUAUCCUUAAUCGUAAUAUACCAUGGCCCCGGGUGCCAGAAGAAAUGAGUCCUGAAGCACAAGAUCUUAUUGAUCGGUUACUGACUGAAGAUCCUAAUCAGAGACUUGGAGCCAGGGGAGCAUCGGAGGUGAAGCAGCAUAUUUUCUUCAAGGAUAUAAACUGGGAUACUCUUGCCCGGCAGAAAGCUGCAUUUGUGCCUUCUUCUGAUAGUGCUCUGGACACUAGUUAUUUCACAAGCCGCUAUUCAUGGAAUGCAUCUGAUGGCCUCGUUUAUCCAGCUAGUGAUAUAGAUGAAUACAGUGAUUGUGAUAGCUUAAGUGGUAGUAGUAGUUGCUUGAGCAAUCGUCAAGAUGAAGUGCAGGGGGAUGAAUGUGGUGGUCUUGCAGGGUUUGAGCCUGGUUCCUCUAUCAAUUACUCCUUCAGUAAUUUUUCCUUCAAGAAUCUUUCCCAGCUUGCAUCAAUCAACUAUGAUCUUCUCACUAAGGGAUUGAGAGAUGAGCCACCUCCAAAUUCUAGUGCACAAACAAUCUCGUCUCUGUCGACUCCCAGAAUUUAGUUUUUUGGCUUUUUGCCAGAUCUGAGCAAUUUCUAGGGGCACACUCACCUACGGUUUUUUUAUACAUUGUACAUAGAUUUUAAAGGGUCUCGAAAACGGGUGCAGGUAAAAAAAUGGGGGAAAAAAAACUCAAACGGGUUCAGGAUGCGCAAUUUAUUUAUUAGGUCAAGGGUCAACACUGGGGUGUCAAUCUUUUUUGAUGUGUUGUGAAUGAAUUGAGUGCUGCAAGUGCUUGAAAAUGCAUGCCACAACUUUGGUGGCUUGCAUUGGUCUGUGGUGUAAACGUUGCUGCUUUUCUUAAUACCACAGCAAUAAGAGCAUUUCCCUUUGUAGGUUCAGGAUAAAUAGAGAGAAGAUUUCUAAUCAAGGCCAAUUUUUUUCGUACUUAAAUCUAAGCAUAUACUGCAUUCUUUUUCUCCCAA